GCGUCCGCAGCUGAGGAGGAGCCAGACCCGUGGUGUUUAGUUCGCUCCCUCCCAUCCACGUGGCUCCGGGAGUGCUAUAUUAGGUUCGCAGGAAGCCAGCCCAGAGAGAAAGCCGAGCCGGGGGUUCGGGGGGCGGGGGGGAGAAGCCCGGCGGACGCCGAGGCAGGCGGAGGGGAAGAGGGAGAAGGAGGAGGAAGAGGAGGUCUCAGCGUGUUUGCUACUCACGAGUGGCGCGCUCUCAGAGUCUCUCUCACUUACUCCUUUCCUUCGUAGGGCUCUCCACUUGCCCGAGGAAGCCGACUCCUCCCUACCUACCCUCCCCCAAAAACCCCACGAGACCUCCUCCCCUCUCCCACUUAAAGCCCCGGGAAGGUGUUCCGGGGACCGCUCCCACCCCCAGCCCCAGCCCCAGCCCCGCCUCCACCCCCGCCCCUAGGCUCCCUGGGCUCCUGCUUGCUCUUACUCCCCCACUAUGCCUGACAGUUUCGACACUUGGCAAAGACAAAGAGCAAGAGACCACGGGGAGGAGAAAAAGGAGGGAGAGAUGGAAGGGGUUAUGUGAAAUUUGAGUGUCCAGGACCUCACUCCCCUCUCUCCAGCCCAGAGCUACCCCACCCCCUGCCCCCACAUCUACACAUCCAUUCACCCACCCACCGGACCAGUCCACGAAACUCUCCACGCCGCCGGCCACGGGGAAAAGUGCUGGGCUUGGAGUUACGAAAUCUGAGUUUGAAUCCUGUUCCUAUUUGUUACCAUGUGGGCUUAAAUGACAAUCAGAUUAUUGCGAUUCAAGCUGGUACUGACCCCCUUCACCUGCUCCUUUGGUUGGCACCCAGUAUUCAAUCACAGCGAGGACAAACUUUUCAGAGGUUCAAGGGAAGGAAUCUUUCAUCUUGCAGCAAGGUCCCUUCAUUGAUAUUCUCUACCUGAAAGCUAGCCAGACUCUGACACAGAUAUUAAUUGCCUCUCAAUCUGUUUGAACAGGGAAAGGAAAUCACUGUUAUUAGUUUUGAUUAAAGCCUCGAAGAAAGAAAUCAGCUGCUGUUUAGGAGGGCUGAAGAAAGAGAACUGGGAUUUUUUUAUUUUGAACACUAAAUGAUAAGAAAAAAAAUCCAAAGACUCCUCAUGUGAUAUAGUUACUAUCUGGAAGAUUAUCCAAGUUCCAAGGGACAAUGGAAGAUUUCUCAAAAAAGAUGAAGUUGGUGUUGUCCUUACACAUCCAGUAAGGAUAUCCUCUCUGUCUCUGAGCAGAUAAGGCUCAAUCCCAAUUUUUCAGCCCCUGGGAACUUCUUAAUCCAUUCCCACCUGCUAAGACUCCUGCUAAGAGAGAAAAGAUGGCAGCAAUCAAGAAGAAAAGACUCAAAGUGUUUACCUUCGUCCUCCUUCUGGUUUCUCUCACAUCCUUCUUCUUGAACUAUGCUCACACCACAGCCACCUAUACCUGGUUCCCCAAGCAGAUGGUGAUGCAUUUCUCAGAGCAUUUUAAAAGAUUCAUGAAGUACCCUCAGAGACCCUGUAGUUGCUCCCAGUGCAUCUCGGAGACUGGGUUUGCACCCUGGUUUGAUGAAAGGUUUAAUCAUACGAUGCAGCCAUUGCUAAAUAGGCAGAAUGCUUUCUUGGAGAAUGACACCUAUACUUGGUGGAUGAAACUUCAGAGAGAGAGAACACCCAAGAGACUAAAUGAGACCUUCAUGGACUUGUUCAGCAUCAUUCCCGGCGAUGUUGACCCAUUACUGCAGAAAGGGCCUCUGAUCUGCAGGCGCUGUGCUGUCGUCGGCAACUCGGGAAAUCUGAAAGAGUCCCACUAUGGGAAAGACAUCGACAGCCAUGAUUUUGUGCUGCGAAUGAACCGAGCCCCCACAGCAGGGUUUGAAGUUGAUGUUGGGAGAAAGACUACUCACCACUUGGUGUACCCUGAGAGUUUCCGGGAGCUGGCAGGAAAUGUCAGCAUGAUCCUGGUUCCCUUUAAGACCAUGGACCUUCAGUGGCUGAUCAGCGCUCUGACCAAAGGGACCAUCAACUUCACGUAUGUCCCUGUUCCCCGAAAAAUACAUGUGAACAGAGAAAAGAUCCUCAUCUAUCAUCCAGCAUUCAUCAAAUAUGUCUUUGACAGCUGGCUCCAGGCCCAUGGAAGGUACCCAUCCACUGGAAUUCUCUCUGUGAUUCUUUCUCUACACAUCUGUGACAAGGUGGAUCUCUAUGGCUUUGGGGCAGACAGUAAAGGCAACUGGCAUCACUAUUGGGAGAAUAACCCUUCAGCUGGAGCUUUCCGAAAAACAGGGGUACACGAUGGUGACUUUGAAUCCAAUGUGACCUCCACUCUAGCAUCCCUUAACAAAAUACGAAUUUUCAAGGGGAGAUGACCCCAGGCCAGGCCAGAAACCCUAGUGGAUCACUCUCUGUAAUUUCAGCCCCUGGCUCCUUCCUGCCUCCUUCUUCGGGGUCGGUGAGCCACAAGGAUGUGACAGGCCGUGAAUGGCAGCUGGACCGAUGGGCUGUGUCUGUUUCACACUUUGUUUGAUUUCCUUUGGGACUAGAAGACAAUCCUCAAGAAUCAGUAAUGGACAUCGAAUCUCAGCUCAAUCAGUGUUUGGGACGGGGUGGGUGGGAGGUGGGGAGAAGUGGGCAGAUACCUGCAGAAGAUAAAUGAUUGAACAUGAUUUUCCUACCUCUGGAAAGAACAGUAGGCCUGGUUUAGAGACAUUUGACCCCAGGCAUGGUGUUCCCACUUUCCUGAAAUAAAGGAAUUCCCAAGGAGUUCCCAAUGAAGAUGGGAAGAGAGAAUUGUUGGAAGAUUCCAGAUGAAUGAACCACGAAUCAGAAAGAAAUACAACUGUACUUAUAAUUUCUUAAAAUUUUCAAGAUUACCUCAUUGAUCUGCUUAGGCAUUCAUGGGAAAAGGCUGGUUUCUUUUUAGUAUCUUGCCAGGCAGGUCCAGUGUCUGGCUUCCUGCUUGGCAAAAUAAAAGGUCUUCACUUAUACGCUCAUACACUGGCCCUCACGGGGAAGAAAGGACCUCUGGUCUCAAAGCUUUUAUCGAAACCAUUAUCCAAUGCUUCUGACAUGAAUCUGGGAAAGAAUGGGAGGAUGUACACAUCCUGUAGCCCUGAUUGCUCUUCCGCCAUGCUCUCUCCAUUUGUUUUUUAAAGUAAAUAUUAUUUUGGAAAAUCAGUGUUAAAGCAAAUGUUGUUUUGGGGAAAUAAGUGUUAAUUGAAAUCCUUCUCAACCUGGA